UUUUUUUUUUUUCAUAUAUACUAUCCUAUGCCCCGUGUAGAAAGAAAAGGCCGUGCUAACAAGAAGCGAGGAAAGAAAGGAGGUGCCAAGAAAGAAGAACAAGCCGAGAUCAAGGCUGAUUCUAUGGAAAUAGAACAAGUCAAUACAGAUCAACAUGCAAGUGGCAUCGUAUUUCAAGAUCAACACUUUCAAGCUGCUCAUUUCGGUGAAGUCGAUGAAGAAUUGUUAGGUUAUUUCAAGAAUGUAGAGCAAACAUUGGACGAUCCUCCAUUUGAGACAGGCGAAGAUCAACGCUUGUUUGUUGAGAAUGUAUAUACCGAAGUCGAUGGCAAUGAAUUCCGUCUUUCAACCAACUACUCUUGUUCCUUGAUUCUUGAAAAGCUUCUUAAAGUAUCAGAUGCUUUUCAAUUGCGUGUCUUGAUGGAUAAAUUAAGUGGCAAGACAGUCGAAUUAUUUGCUCAUCGUUUUGCUUCUCAUGUCUGUCAGACACUCUUGACAUUGGCUGCUGAUGUGGUUGAAAGAGAACAAAAAGAAGGUGUGGUAGACAAAGGCAAAGAAGGCGAAGGCGAACUGUUGUCAAUGGAACAAUUGAUUUUGGGUGUAUGUGAAGAUAUCAAACCUCAUCUUGGUGGCCUUGUCUCUCAGCAGUUUGCAUCGCAUGAUAUCCGUAUCUUACUUCAUGUCUUGGCUGGUAAACGUAUUGAUGAAACAGGCGAUUUGAAGGGUCAAUUAAGAAUGUAUUCUCAUGUACGUCUAUCUUCUACUCGAUUGGUGCCAGCUUCAUUUAAAGCAAUGUUUAGAACACUCACUACUGAAUUGGCUAUCAACAUGUCAGAAACAGAAGUCCGUACUCUUUCUGUUCACAAAGUAGCUAAUCCAGUCCUUCAAUUGCUGAUUGAAAUGCAAGACAAUGAUAAAGAAGGCAUUAAAGCCAAGAAUAUCCUGAUUGAUCGUAUCUUGUGGGGUAUUGUGACUGACAUUGACUCAAAAGAAGAGAACAGAGACAGAGACAGUUGGUUCGAGACACUCAUUCGUGAUCCUGUGGGCUCCCAUUUACUGGAAGUCAUUGCUAAACAUGCCCCUGAUGCUGUGUUUAAAAAGAUCUUUAAGACGUAUUUGGUAGGCAAAUUUGAAAAGUUCAGUUUGCAUCCUAUUGCCAACUUUGUCAUUCAACAUAUGAUUGUCAAUGUCAGAAAAUCAAAGCAAUUAGACAUCAUCAUGAAAGAAUUGGGUCAUUCGUUCGAUAAGCUGGUCAAAAAUAGUAAGUUUGGUGUGGUGCGUAGUCUAGUGGAUGCUUCUGUCAAACUUGAAUCUUCGCAAAAGGUCAUUGUGGAUAGUUUGGCUAAAGGCUUACAGUGUGUAGAAGAGUCAAAAGAAUUUGUGAAUUGUGUGAUGCGCAUGUGGACAUUAGAACAAUGGAAUACAGCCAGUGACCAUGAAAGAUUGAAUUUAUAUCAUUUCCAUUUACAAGGUUGUUUGAUUGUUCAGGGAAUCAUGAAGAUGGCAUCAGAAGCCAAUGCUAUAUUGACCAACAGUUUCUUAUCACAGAGACCAGAUAUCAUUCAUCGUUGGUGUUUCUCUCCUAUGGGCUCAAGAGCCUUUGAAGCCGUGGUUGCAUCUGUUCAUGUGAACGACAAGAUCAAAAAGAAGAUUUUGCGUGAUUUGUCUGGCAAAUAUGUUUCUUUGGCCAAAGAUAAGUUCGGUAGCCACAUCUUAGACAAGUGCUGGUUAGUGGCUGAUAUUGACUCUAAAGAAAAGAUUGCUGCUGAAUUAGUCAAGCAUGAACAUGAGUUAGCCAGUCAUUAUCUCGGUAAAAAUAUUCUCUGGACUUGCAAGAUUGAUCAAUACAAACGAAGACAUGAUGACUGGGUUGAAAGAGAAAAGGGAGCUGAACGUAAGCGUGAAAUGUUUAAAGAUAUUUUAGGCGAAGCACUUGUAGAAAAGAAACGUAAAUUAGCAUAAAAAUAAAUUUGUAAAUUUCAUAUGAAAAAUCAACACUUGCAUGUGCACGGACACUUUGUAUUUUUCACAUGUCUCUCUCAUUCAAGCUAUACAUACAUAUACAUAUAUAUAGAGCUCCUCUUUUCUUUCUUCCUCUCUCUCUCUCUCUCUCUCUCUCUCUCUCUCUCU